AAGAGUGUCGCGUGUGUGCUGGUUGAAGUAAGGUUAUGUAGUCACGUUGUCAGUGUGGUGAGCCGCCUUGCGUAUAAAUAGUUAUUUAUUGUAUUGAAUAGUAGAAUUAAACGAUCAUGGUGAAAGGUAAAAAAGAAGUCAAUGAUAGCGGGUGGAAAGCCCUGACACUGGAAGGAAGCUUGCUGUCUAAUGGCAUAGAGGGAUUAAUUGGAAUAGAGGAGUUGACUGAAUAUAAUUUAGAACGAAGUAGCAAGAAAGGUAAUCUCGUGACGACGAAGGUCAAACCCAAAAGGAAGCAGCCAACACCAAAGCGUAAAUCUUCAAACGAGGGGGAAGAGAUUGACGACGUUAAUAAAUCAUCCGCAAAUAAAUCGAGGACUAAGAGAGCCAAAACAGAAGAUGUAAAGAAAAAGAAUGAGAAAAAAUCAGUGGAUUUAAAACAUGCUGAAGAACAAAUUGAGUCUCACAGCAAAGAUGAUUUGUACUGCCACAAAAACCUAAGUAACAAAAACUUGAAAAAUGUUAAUGUUGAAAUGUGGGCCUCCAUGGGUGUUCCUAAUGUUGUGAUAAGAGCACUAGCCGAUCAGAAUUUUCACACUCCCACUGUGAUACAAGCUCGAACAUUGCCACCUGCGAUAUUAGGCCGCAAGGAUAUAAUGGGAGCUGCAGAAACGGGCAGUGGCAAGACACUAGCUUUUGGCAUCCCGAUAAUAAAGGGUAUCUUGGAUUUGAAGGCUCAACAAUUGGAGGCAGCGCUCUCUGAGGAAUCUGUAAAUGAUUCCCAAAGUGAAACGUCGAAUUGCUCAGACAACGCGCAAGACAAUGACUCUGAUUCAGAAGUUGAAGACUUAUCAGAGAACUGUGUGAAUGUCGUGAAAGAUAUAGAGCUCGACGAUUGCAAUUCUCCUAGCGAGCCCUUGUACGCACUAAUUCUGACACCAACUCGCGAAUUAGCAAAUCAAGUAAAACAGCAUUUGGUUAACGCACUAAAGUAUACUGAUAUCGAGGUAGCUGCUGUUUUCGGAGGCAUGGCAGCAGUGAAACAGGAAAGACUACUGAAAAGGAAUCCUGAAAUCGUCGUUGCCACGCCUGGAAGACUGUGGGAGCUGAUUCAGGAGGGCAACUCGCAUCUGAAUCAAAUAGACUCCAUCAGGUACUUGGUCAUCGACGAAACGGACCGAAUGAUGGAGAAGGGCCACUUUCAAGAAUUGCACGAUCUCUUGCAGAAGAUGAACGCGAAUCCGGCGAAAGUACAAAAGCGGCAGACGUUCGUGUUCUCGGCUACCUUGACCAUGGUGCACGACCUGCCGGAUUACCUCGAGAGGAAGAAAAAGCGAUACGCGAGGAGCAAGAUAUACAAGCUCACGCCUGGUCAGAAAUUGCAGAAGAUCAUGCACCUGGUAAAAAUGAAGAGUCCGAAGAUCAUCGAUCUCACGAGAGAAUCAGGUAUGGCCGACAGCUUGACGGAGUGUCGAAUAGCGUGCACGAUCGAUCACAAGGACCACUACCUUUACUACUUCUUGAAGAGGCACAGCGGAAGAACAUUGGUAUUUUGUAACAGCAUCGGUUGCGUGAAAAGACUGGCCACUCUCUUCGGCAUACUUGAGUGCAAGCCGCUACCUCUGCACGCCAAUAUGCAGCAGCGGCAACGUUUAAAAAAUCUUGAGAGGUUUCAAGCUGACGAGAAUGGGUUGUUGAUAGCGACGGACGUAGCAGCGAGAGGUUUAGACAUACCCGAUAUAGAGCACGUGAUACAUUAUCAGGUCCCCAGAACGUCCGAGAAUUACGUGCACAGAAGCGGUAGAACGGCGAGGGCGCAGAAGGAAGGCAUCACCGUCCUGAUGAUGGAGCCUUCCGAAAAACAAAACUACAGCAAGUUGUGCAAGACUCUCGGACGCACGCACGAUUUGCCAAUGUUCCCGGUGAUAGACACGCUGCUGAUCUCCAUAAAGGAACGAGUCAACGUUGCCCGCGAGAUCGAUAAGCUGGAAUUGAAAUGUCGCCGGGAGAAUGCUCAGAAGAGUUGGCUGCAGAAAGCAAAGGAGGAGAUGGACAUGGUGGACGAUGAUGACGAUAACGAGUCGUCCGCGGAAUCGGAAGAGGCAGCAGCGUUGAAGCGAUACUUGAAGGCGAAGAAACGUCAAUUGCAAUCUCUCCUGUCGAAGCCGGUAUUCCCGAAAGGCUUCUCGGGAAAAUACCUCGACGAUGAUUUAAAAAUAGGUCUAGCUCAGGACACAGAGAAGGCAGUCGAGGUGAUGAAGAACGUGAUGAAAGCCAAUCCCGGCAAGGUCGAAGAGAGCAACGUCGUGUCGCGGAAAAGGCGACGCCCGCAAAACUCGAAGAGACGCAAGAGAUUUAAGAAAGCGUAAAUAAAACACAUUUUCUUACAUGCAAA